CGGGCGCAAUUUCAACGAUUCGCCACUUGGAAACUUGCUGCAAGGAUGGAAGUCCUGCUGCUGUGCAUGCUGCUGGUCCUUGUGAUCGGGUCCUUCUUCCUCGAAGGCAGCUCACUCACGUGGGUCUCUCAGAGCGGGAUUGCCCUCCUCUUUGGUGUCGCUGUCGGUAUCUUCAUCGUCGUUGCCGAGAACCACAGCUACAUCGAGCACUUCAACUUUGACAACAACCUGUUCUUUCAUGUCCUGCUGCCGCCCAUCAUUUACGAAGCAGGAUUCUCUGUAAAGAAGAUCCACUUCUUCUCCAACUUUGGGGCUAUCUUGUCGACGGCGGUGGUCGGUACGCUCAUCGCGACAGGAGUCACCGGCGGCGCCAUAUACGUCGGUGGCAUCUACGGAUGGAUCACUCCCUUGUCCUGGAUCGAAUCGUUCCUCUUUGGUGCACUCAUCAGCGCUGUGGAUCCCGUCGCGACGCUGGCGUGCUUUGAGAAACUCAACGCGCCAUCGCAGCUCUUCAACAUCGUGUUUGGUGAGAGUGUGCUCAACGACGCGGUUGUGAUCGCGUUGUACAUGACUCUAAACGAGUGGGACACCUCAGCUGAGUUCUCCAUGGGUGGAUUGGCAGCCGUGGUGGGCAAGACGUUGUUCAUGCUCACGGGGUCCCUCCUCGUCAGCGUUGCCAUUACUUUGUUUGGUGCGUUCCUGAUGAACUCCAAGCUCUUUUCGCGGCUCCACCUGUUUCCCGCGUACGAAAUCUCGCUCUGCAUCAUCUUCAGCCUCCUCGCGUACUUUUCCGGCGAGGCACUCCACUUGAGCGGGAUCGUGUCGCUGUUCUUCUCGGGCAUGAUGACGUCGCACUACCACUUCCAUACGCUCAGCGUCCCCGCGCAGCAGACCUUUCGCCAUUUGCUCCACACGAUGGCUUUUGUGUGCGAAUCGCUCGUGUUUGUGUUUAUGGGGACGUCGCUUGUAUUUGUCUUUGCCAACCAGACGAGCGACGGCAUCACGCUGCUUCACCUGGAUUGGGCCUUUAUGGGCUUUACGCUCGCGCUGCUCCUCAUCAGCCGCUUCCUCAACAUUGUGCCACUCCUCGCCGUGUGCAACCGGUGGCGCCGCAAGGAAGACCGCAUUGGAGCUACGUCCAUCUUUGUCAUCUGGUUUGCUGGUCUCCGCGGUGCCAUCUCGUUUGCUCUGGUGAAGACGUGGUCCCACCUCGAUAGCUCGGGAGAGAGCCACCGCCCACUGAUUGUGUCGACGACACUGAUGAUUGUCGUGUUCACGACCCUCAUUUUGGGAGGGCUCACGGGACCGCUCCUGGCGUACAUCGGGAUCGCGUCGGAGCCGGACCAGUCGCCGUCCAGCCCCAAGGCGCCGGCCGAGCCCCGCAUGAGCUUUGUGCAUUCGUUGGCCCAUGGUGAUUUGGUCAACACGGACGUGCGCCGGCGCCACCCCAAGCCCGACCACCACGACGAAGACUGCUUUACAUUGAACGACGAUGCGUCCGUUGCCCCCGUCUCCACCGAGCACACGAGCAUCUCGACCAAAUUGGAAAAGACGUGGAAGAACGUGGAUGAAAACUACCUCAAACGCUGGUUUGGCGGCCGCAAGCGUGUCAUGGACGACCUGCACCAUGGUGACGCGGCCAUGCAUUCAUCCAUCCAUGCCGGUGGCCACGUCGCGGAGAAUCUUGCCGUCACGACCCCGUCGUCCGGAGCCAAGUCGGAAAGUCCCAAAGCGUCGGCUUACAUGCCCGCCAGCCCCAGCCGUUGGUGACACUAGUUUCUGGGGGCGUCGAACCCCUUUGUAACUAAGUUAAUUCGCCAGAUUCCCCGA